AUGAAGCUGGCGUCGCUCCAAUCACCGUUGCAUUUGCUCCUGUGCUACCUGUUUGUACAGAGGGUCGUGCCUCACGCAUUGGCAUUACUCUCAGUCCGGAUUGUAUUGGCUGUGACAUUGUACAUCUGGAGCUUCCUAUUGCUCGUCUUUCCCUUCAAUGUAUUCAUCUAUCAACGCCUUCUGAGUCCUCUUCGGCACAUACCCACUGUUCCAACAGAGUUGAAUCAUUGGAAAACAUGGCUGGCCGCCGAGCCUUCACCGCCGCAGUUGCUAGAAUGGGUGAAGGUCGUGAAGGAACGACCCGGCUUCCAAGGCCUCAUGAGAUAUCGAGGGAUUGGUGGCGGCGAGAGAAUCUUGAUUUGCGGUCCAAAGGCAAUGAGAGAGGUACUUGUUGCACAGCAGUAUUCCCACUUUGAUCGACCUUUGAUCGCCAGAAAGAGAAUCGCUGUGCAGGCAGGAACAGGUCUUAUUGCAAGUGGUGGAGAUGUCCACAAAGUGAGUCAUCUGCGAUGGGACAUGAGCACGUUACUGACAUCUCUAAUUAGGCUCAGAAACGCAUGCUUCUUCCCGCAUUCGGUCCGCGAGCAGUCAAAGACCUUUAUCCUCUUUUUUGGCGCAAGGGCCAAGAACUCGUUUCAGCUCUCCGGGAGCACGUCCAAGUCCCGAAGCAGUCUGUCGUUGAAAUCACCUCCUGGACAUCUCGCUCGGCUCUAGAUAUCAUUGGAGUGGCAGCCUGGGGCAAAGACUUCGAUGCGAUCACCCAUCCCGAAUCCGCCUUUCUCAAGUCGUACGGCGGCAUGUUUGACAUAUCCGGAGGCGGGCAGUUCGUCAACGCACUCGCGCUCGCAGUACCCAUGAAAUACGCCAUGCAGAUACCGUGCGCCUAUAAUAGAAGAUUGAAAGAUGCGCUGCAGACUGUACGAGUGCGAUGCGAAGCUGCAGUUCGCGAAAGACUGGAGGUCAAGGAUGAUGACAGCAGGGACAUAUUGAGUCUGCUGAUCAAGGGAGGAGUGCGCGAUGAAGAUGCGCUGGUGAACCAGAUGAUGACGAUUCUGGCGGCGGGUCACGAUACCAGCAGUGUUUCGCUCGCCUGGGCGUGCUACGUUUUAGGUCGACAUCAGGAUGUUCAGAGACGACUUCGAGAGGAGGUUCUUGCCAGCGACCUGCCCAUUCGGCCGGAAGAUGAUGCGGGGAAGAGCGACGAGCCCACGGGAAAGGGCCUGGAGUAUCUACACGCCGUCGCGAACGAGAUUCUGCGGCUCUAUCCUUCCGUCCCGGUCACUCGACGGGAAGCUCUGCGGGAUGGAAGCGUGCAAGGCUACUUCAUCCCGGAAGGCAGUCACAUGGUGUCGUCAGGAUGGGUGAUCAAUCGGAUGCCGGAAGAGUGGGGACCUGAUGCGCUCGAGUUCAAGCCCGAGCGAUGGAUGAAGUCGGAGGACAUGGAUAACUUCGCCUUUGCUUCUUUCUCGCAUGGGCCAAGAUCUUGCAUCGGGCAGGGCUUCGCAAGAGCGGAGUUUCUGGUCUUUCUUGCUGCUCUGGUAGGCAACUUCCAGAUUGACAUGCGCCACCCUGAGAAGGAGGUUCCAGCCCUGUAUGGUAUCACAAUGUCGCCGGCGGGUGGGGUCGAGGUGCGCUUGCGAGCAAUUGAGUCGUAG